ACCUCAUCGCCAUCGUGCUGCUCUCCUCCUCCCUCUAAUACUCCCCUCCCAUGGCGUCCGCCCUCGCGCCCCCUUCUCUCCCUCUCCGCUCGCCCUCCCGACGCUUCACCCGCCUGCCGCUCCCUCGGCCGUCCAUUACGUGCCGCCGCGCUCCCGCGGCGGGCCGGCUCGCCCUCGCCGUCGCGCCCGCGCGCGCGAGCGUCCGGUGCCGCGCGGCCGUGAAGCUCGUCGGGGACGGCGAGUUCGAGGCGGAGGUGUUGCAGUCGGAGCUUCCCGUGCUCGUGGACUUCGUCGCCGACUGGUGCGGGCCCUGCCGCCUCGUCGCGCCCGUCGUUGACUGGGCCUCCGAGGAAUAUGAGGGGAGAUUAAAGAUCGUCAAGAUCGACCACGAUGCGAACCCUCAGAUCAUCGAGAAAUACAAGGUUUACGGUCUCCCGGCGUUGAUACUCUUCAAGAACGGGCAGGAGGUGCCAGGGAGCCGAAGAGAAGGCGCGAUAAACAAAACCAAGUUCAAGGAUUACAUUGAACCUCUCUUAGAGACCUCAAAUGUUGCUUAGCGUCAUCGGUUGCAGUCUGUAGGACCGAAUCUCACACAGUUCGAACUUGAGAGGAUGCCAAAUGGCAUUGGCUUGAGCUGCACAUCUUGCAUAUUGAAGAGUUUUUCCCCAUCCAUGAGCUCCAGUCUGUAAUUACCAACACGAGCAUGACUAUGUAUGGUUUUCAUUGUUUACGGUA